AUGCCUCUCCUGUCCGCCCUUCCUGCUUCCUUCUCAUGCGUUUUCUCCCUCACCAGCCUGGAAGUGGGGAAUUGCCCGAAAGUAGCAAUCUUGCCAGAGGGAAUCGGACGGCUGGAGGCGCUUGAGGAGUUCAAUAUCUUUAAUAUGAACGGCCUGGAAUGUCUCUCUCCGUCGCUUCUUGAGCUGCCCUCUCUGUGGACGUUGGAGGUGCGGGGAUGUGGUGGGUUAAGUGCGGUGCUGGGCGAUGAGAAGAUGGUUAAUCGUACUGCCAGGGGAGUAUUAUCCAGCAGCAGCAGUGGCAGCUACGAGUUGCUUCCUUCCAUUCAGAACCUCAAGAUAAAAGAUCCUAAUAUCGAGUCCUUUGGUCCGACCCUUGGUCGUCUCUCCUCUCUCACGCAACUGAAGCUACAAAGGCUUGGGGUUGAUUCGGCUGUACGUCUGAACGCUCUGCCCGAGUCCCUUGGAAGGCUCUCAGGGCUGCGCGUCUUGCAGCUGGUUCGUCUCACCACAAUGCGGAACCUGCCUGCUUCUCUCGGGCAGCUGAAGAUGCUUGAGACGCUGGAUAUCGUCGAUUGCUUCAAGCUGAUGCAGCUUCCGUGGUCGUUCUCGAGACUAUCAAACCUACCAUCCUGCACUCUUAUCAAGAUCGGGAUCUCAGCCCUUCCUGAUGACAUCUGUGAUUGCCCUUUUCUCUCACAGCGAGACAUGCGAGGGGUUCCUGCAAGGAGAGAGGAGGAGGAGGAGGAGGAGGAGGAGGAGGAGGAGGAGGAGGAGGAGGAGGAGGAGGAGGAAGUGGAGGGGGAGGAGGAGGAGGAGGCGGGGGAGGAGGGGGAAGGAGGUUAUGCGGAAGAGGAAGAGUGGGAGGAGGGAGGCUAUGAGGCGGCGGAGAUGGAAAUGGCGGACUGGGGCUGGGAGGCAAUGGAGGAAGAGGAGAGUGGUGGUGAUGAGGAGGACUUUGAGCAUGAGUAUGCCUUAGACAGUGACUAUGACUGGGAGCACAAUGGAGACUGA